AGGGAGGGAGGGAUAGAAAGAAAGAGAGCGAGAGAGGGGUGGGCACAAUUGGGACAGUUCCCUCCUUCCCAUCAGGGGAGUGUUUGAAAGAAAGGAGUGAAUGAUAAGAGACGACUGAAGGAGAGACAGAGAGAUCAGAAAGAGUUCAAAGAUGCAGAGAGAUGCAGAGGGAAAGACAAUAACAGAGUGAACAAAACGAAGACAAAUUCAGACGGCAAUAUUAUAAACACAGAAGACAGACCAAGAGAGGAUUCUGCUGCAGCACUGACCUGAGCAGGAUUAUAUUACACUGCACUGCACUGCACACACAAACACACACUUACGCAGAGGUGUGUGAUGCUGACAUCAGGUAGACACCAUUUGUGUGUGUGAUAUUUCAGAGCAGAGUACGCAGUGUGUGUGUGUGUGUGUGUGUUUACUCCGAGCCAGAGUCGCAGAGUGUGUGUGUGUGAGUGUGUGUAAGACAGCCAUGAGGAGGAUGCUGGCUCUCUUCUGCUUAAUUUCACUGGCGGCACCUCUAACGGACGCAUGGAGACCAUCGCAACCACGACUGCACUUCCAACACUCAGAGCUGGUGCGGAGCGGCAGGCUCAUGUCUCUCUCUGUGCCUGCUGGGGAUCUGAACUCUCUAUUGCCAGGUGAAGAUGGUCGUCAUCUUUACAUCGGUAUGAAAGACCAUCUGCUGUCCACGAGCCUGGAUGAUAUUACUCAAACCCCCCGCAAGAUAUACUGGCCUGCAAGUCCAGAUCGAAUCCAGAACUGUAUCAUGGCUGGAAAAAGCCUGCAGACGGACUGUGCAAAUUUCCUGCGUGUGUUAGAGCUGUAUAACCAAACACAUCUUUACGCCUGUGGGACGGGAGCGUUCAACCCUCGCUGUGCCUUCAUCCCCACAAACCUCUUCCUCAGGGCCGAGGAACAAAGGCUGGAGUAUGAAGACACUGAAUCAGGGAAGGGAAAAUGUCCUUAUGACCCUCACCAGAGAACAGCUACUGCCAUGAUAGACGGAGAGCUGUACGCUGGUAUCUCAUCUGACUUUCUAAGUCAUGAUACCGCUUUUAUUCGGAGUCUGGGGGAGCGACAUGCGAUUCGCACCGAACAAUACGACUCUACAUGGCUGCAAGGCGCUGAAUUUGUACAUGUCGCAGCGAUGUCAGAGAGCGAUAAUGAGGAGGAUGAUAAGGUCUACGUGUUCUUUACUGAGCGCGCACAGGAAGCAGAGGGGGCUGCUGGGAAGGUCCUCUAUUCUAGAGUCGCCCGCGUCUGCAAGAAUGAUAUUGGUGGUCAGCGUAGUUUGGUUCAUAAAUGGAGCACCUUUCAGAAAGCUCGUAUUGUUUGCUCCGUACCAGGACCCGACGGCAUUCAGACACACUUUGACAAACUCCGUGAGUAAUAGACACCUUCAG